UGUUGGUUUCCUAAGACGUGGAUCAGGGAGUCGUCCAUUUCCUUCGCUUAUGAUGAAAGCACGGAAGCGAUGCGGGCACUCGCUGAGGUCACAAUCACUGCUGGGGUGGCAGCGUUUCCGCCACAGCUGGUGAGCAGAGCUGGUGCUCUGGUGAGCGUGCUGCACACCGAGGCUGAGCUCUGGGCCUUCUGUGGAACAGAUCACCCUGUGAGAGCCCGUCAGAAGCACCGCGUGUGCACUCGUCGGUACUCUCUGCAGGGUUCCUGUCCCAAGGGAGAUUUUGGAUCGAGGCAGUCGGAGCAAGAGGGAAGCCAGCUCUUUGCAAGGGCCGGGGAAGUUCCUGUGCACAGAGGCCUGGGAACUUCAUCAUCCUCUGAGCCUUCAGCGGCCAUGUCUCAGCACGGAGACGACCGCGGUUCCAAUUGCUGCCGUCUGAGUGGCAAGAAGCGGCGCGGCGCGGUUCCCCGCGGUUGGGAGCAGCAGCCAGCAGGCUGCCAGAGAUCCCACCGCGCCUUCCUGCGCACAGAGGGACGCAACAGGGACGGACGGUCCUUCAUGCCAUACAGAAGUGAGUUUCUUCAGCCCUCUGUCGUGAAGUGUGGAGGAAUGAUUUUUGAGUAUUCCUUCUGGGCGGGUGCAGCGCUGCAGGGGAUGUCAAGUGAGCAUCGAUUUGGAGUGCAGGAAGGAGCAGUGAGAAGUGAACUAUCAAUCGGUUUGUGUUUGGGCUGUCAAAGUAGCCUCUUUCUGUUAGCUGGGGGGACGUGGGCAUACUGGGCAGUACUUCUGCUGCCUGCUGGUGUCUGUGAAAUCAACACACCUUCUGUUGUUGUAGGGACGGAGCCUGCGCGUCCACGGAGUGGUGCUGGGCAAGGCUGGAAACGCAAAGCCUCCGCAGAAGCUGAUGCGAGCGGCCUUCCAGCAAAGCGCAGCCUUGCAGAAAGGCAAGGCAGAAGCGCCCAGUGUGGCACAGCACCCAAGAGAGGUACAGACACACAGCAGGCACCUGGGUUUGGUGCACUGUCUCUCUAGUGAGGCUUUCUGUCCGUCCUUUCCUGGGACUGUGGAAGUUGUGUGUUGGUUGUCGUCUUAAUCCCUGCAUUUACACUUAGUAUUCCUGUGCUGAUUAGAAAUGUGACGCCACAGUUCAGCUGAGAUCCUAUGAUCCAUGGCCAUGAGCCCUCGAGAUGAGAUGUCCCAGGAUUGUGACCCGUUUUGCAGACUGAAAGUAGUGUUGGGCUGUCAUUAAAUCUCCUUGUUUUUGCUUUCUUAACAGAGAUUGGUGCUGAGCCAAAUGACAAAAUCUAUGUCAAAGUGGUCCAGCAGGUCCAUACUGAGAGAGCUUCGCAACGAACAGCAGCUCAAGCUCCUUUCCAGGCUGGAGGUCCUCUUAGAAGAGCAGGUCCCAGCACAGGGGGAAGACCUUCCCCUGCCGUGUGCCCCCGCUCUGUCUCCAGCACCCUGGCAGGAUGUAAACACAAGGCCUUGGAGGAAGAGAAACCAACAGCAGCUCAGCUGCCUUCCAAUAAGAGAGUGAGGGGGCCGAGUGGAGACGGCGUGCCGGCUCCAGCAGCACACCCUGGGCCUGCUGCUGUGCGGAGCUCCAAGCAAAGAGAAAGAAGACGACAACGAAAAGAGAGGAGAAAGGAGCUGAAGAAGGCUGCCCUCAGAGCUGCCGCUGCACGUGCAGAGGCCUCCGCAGUGGACAGCCUUGUGGAGAUGAUGCAGAAGCUGCAGCUGAAGGACUGAGAGGAGGAGCGUCAGCAGGCAGCAGCUUCUGCAGUGCACGGCAUUUCAGGGCAGCGCUGAGUGCCGCCCAUCUCAGCACUCCACCUUCAAACGUAGUCAAUAAACACCAGUCAAAUUUAUAGAUUCACAGAGAGCGCACGGCCUGAUUUGUCCAGCAGCACUCGGAGAGCUGCUGCACCACCUCCUCGUUAUUGGUCUCGCGGCGCUCGCUCAGAACUGCCACAGCUCCGUCA